AUGCGGGGCGCGGCGCGGGCGGCCGGGGGGCGCGCCGGGCGGCCGAGGCCAGGACCCCGGUCCCCGUCCCCGUCCCCGCCGCCCCCGUCCCCGCCGGCCCUGCAGCCGCCGCCGGCUCUGCUGCUCCUGGCCGCGCUCCUGGCCGCGCUCCUGGGCGGCGCGGGCGCGCAGUACUCGAGCGACCUGUGCAGCUGGACCGGGAGCGGGCUGACCCACGAGGCGCACCGGAAGGAGGUGGAGCAGGUGUACCUGCGCUGCUCGGCGGGCGCCGUGGAGUGGAUGUACCCGACGGGAGCCCUCAGCGUCAACCUGCGCCCCAACGUCGUCUCGCCCUCCCACCCCCUGACCCUGUGCGUCAAGCUCCUCGGGGACUCCUCGGGGGCCAAUAUUUAUCUGGAGAAGACGGGAGCGCUGCAGCUGCUCUUCCGGGACGGGGACCGCGGGCCUGGCCAGGUGCGCUGCGUCGGCUUCGAGCAGGGCGGCCUGUUCGUGGAGGCGACACCCCAGCAGGACAUCCGCCGGCGGACCGCGGGCUUCCAGUACGAGCUGAGCAGCUGGCACGCCGGCUCGGACCUGCACGCUCCGUCAGCUCCCUGCCGGCCCUGCAGCGACACCGAGGUGCUCCUGGCAGUCUGCACCAGUGACUUCGUGGUCCGAGGAGCCAUCCAGGACGUCACCCACGCCCCCGAGCGGCAGGAGUCGGCCAUCCACCUGCGCGUGAGCCACGUCUACCGGCAGAAGGGCCGGGUGUUCCGCGCGAUGCCCGGCGGCGGCUGGCGGGGCCACGUGGCCACGCUGCUGGCCUGCGGCGUGCGACCCGGACGCGGCGAGUUCCUCUUCACCGGGCACCUGCGCUUCGGGGAGGCCCAGCUGGGCUGCGCCCCGCGCCUGGAGGACUUCCGGCGGGUGUACCGGGACGCGGAGGCGCGGGGCCUGAACCCCUGCGAGAUGCCCAUGGAGUGA